AUGUCCUCCGUUCCCGAGCAGGACCUAUCGCUCUUUGCCGACCAUUCCAUACUUCCUGAUUCUUUCCUCAAACUCAAACCUUCUCAAUUGGGCAUUAUAGGCCAUGUUCAGGGAACAAGUCCAGCGUGGCUCGUGAGUUCGCUCAUGGAAAAUGCCAUUUUGGGCACCGCCAUCACCACUAAUAGAGAUAUCAACAAGAAGAUCCCCAAUAGGAGCCAUGUGGUUUACAUCUCAUUUACAAACACAAAGAGCUUUGUGGUGAAGAAUAGCAGGAAGAAUGGCAUGAACUUGGACAACGAGAAGAACUUCACCUUCAUAGAUGGUCUCACAGACCUUUUCACUAAACACGUCCCGAAUGCUAGCAAUAGUAAGUCAUCCAUCGACAAGUACCUUGAUGACUUGAGGGUAAAGGUAGAGGAGGUACAGCAUGAGCUGAGGAUUAUCAUCUUGGAGAAUCCCGAGAUCCUCCUCGCUGCAACAAACUAUGACAGCAAUAGCUUGAUUUACUUCAUGCUGUCUUUACAAGCCAUCAGCAAUUCAAUCUUCGUUAUUAUCAACGCCGAGCCAUCGCUCAUUAACUUUGACGCCAACAUGUCCGCAGAGGUUGUUCCAAAAGUGACCGACUUCUUCGUCAAGCUCUUUCACAAAUCCUCCAUCAACAUCAAUCUCCUGCCACUUGCUACUGGUAGAGCAGAAGAUAUUACUGGAUGCUUGACGAUAUCUAAGGGCGCCAUUCCAUCUCCAACGGCUGUGGCUGAAAAUGAAUUUGUCUACAACAUCACCAAGGAUUCCAAUGUCAAACUUUUCUUCCGUUAA